AAUACAUUUUCUACCCCUUUCUCUCUCUUCUCUUUCUGGGACCUCUAUCAUGUGAAUGUUAGCACAAUUGACUUUGUCCCAGAGGUCCCAUAAACUAGCCUCAUUUUUUUAAAUGUGUUUUUGUUUUUGCUGUACUGAUUGGAUGAUUUCCACUAGUCUGUCUUAUGUGUUCUUCUACAUCGCCUAAUCGGCUCUUAAUUCCUUCUAGCGAAGUUUUCAUUUCAGUUAUCGUAUUCUUCAGCUCUGACUGGUUUUUGUAUUUUCUAAUUCUCUGCUGAAGUUCCCACUGUGUUCAUCUGUUGUUUACCCAAGUUCAGUUAGCAUUUUUAUUACUAUUGCUUUGGACUCUUUAGCAGGUAAAUUAUUAUCUCUGUUUCAUUAGGGUUUUUUUUCCUGGGGUUUUAUCUUGUUCUUUCAUUUAAAACAUAUCCCUUUGUUUUCUCAUGUUGUUUGACUUUCUCUGUUUGUCUCUAUGAAAUUAGGUAAAACGGUUACCUGUCCAGGUCUCAAAGGCAUGUCCUUGUGGGGAGCUACCCUUUGCAGUGUGCCUGUCACCAGUGGCUUUGGUGGGAGAGCUGGACGUGAAGUGAGCGGGGACUGCUUCUCCUCCCACAGUGUGCUGGCGGCCACCGCCUUGGUGGGAAGCAAGGCUGGAGCCAGAGGGCUAGAGCCAGAGCCAGGUGCCAGCCAGGGCUUCUCCUCGGCUCAGGGCUAGUUGUUAGCCUAUUGUGGGAGGAGUCAAGGACCAAGGGGCUGGGCAGGAGUCCUAAGGGAGUUGGGCUUCCCCCAGAUGUGAUGACAGUCUUCACCUUGGUUGGGGGGCGUGGCCAGGGCCUGAGAGCUUGGGGCUGCACUUCUGAGCUGCUUCUACUUUUUCCGCAGUGUGUACCCCUUGGUUAGAGGCAGGAUAGAGAGCCAGAGGGGUUGGAGCGGCACUCCGGAGCCCUCUCUGCUCCUUCCCGGGUGCACACAUGCCCACUGGCAAUGGCGGCCUCGGCCUUUGUUGGGGGCAGUGCUGGAGCAGUAGGGGCUUGAAUGGGAGCCUGGAGAGGGCUGGGAGGUGCUCUGGGGCAGUCCCGGCAGGCUGGCCGGAGCACCAGGCAGUCUUCAGUGUACUGCCUCUGCACUGGGGCUGCGAGCAAGCAUGUCUGUGCUCUGCAAGGCCAGAGUCUCAGUGUCUUACGGCCUUCCAGCGAGCCCUACUGAUUUUCAAACCAGCUAAGGGGGCUCAUCUACCCAGUGUCAAGCCCAGGCCUGCGGUGCCUAAUAUGUGGCUCAAACCCCCCACUCCCCAGGGAGGAUCCCCCAGCCUGGGAUAGCCCCCUCCACUUCUAGGUCCCCACUAGGGAUUCAGGUCCCAACUAGAUUGCUUCUCCUCCCCCUGUACCAGACUCCAUGUGGUUCUUUCUUUACAGCUUUGAUCGUAGAAGAGCCAUUUUGCUAGUCUUCAGGUCAUUCUCAGCGAGAGUUGCUCUAUACAUAGUUGUAGCUUGGAUGUGUUCAUGGGGGCAGGUGAGUUUGGGGUCUCCCUCCUCCACCUUCUGGAUCCCACCUCCUAGACAUAAUAGGACGAACCAAAUCUUGUGGUUUUCUGAGCACAGAGUCAGGAGCUUUCCAGAGCAGCUUGGGAAAGAUGUCUGUUUUCUGAUUUCCAAAAACAAAAUUCCAAUUUUCUUCUUGUUUCCCAGGCCAACAACCCUAAGGUAGGUCCUAAGUCAGUGAGCAAACUUUCUUGUUCUCAGGGUUUUCCAAAGCCCCCCACCCCACCCCCAGCUGCCGAAUCUCCAGGUAAAACUUAUUUCCUACAACCUACGUCACUGACAUAGAAUUACCUGGGAAAAUGAACAUCAGAAGCUUACUCAUUGACAUAGAAUAAGUGUUGUCAUCUCCCCUCUGCUCUGUGCAUUUCGAGGCCCUGAAAAGACAGCACAAGCUCACCAAGUGUUCUCACAGUAUCGUCCCAACCACAGACCAAGCUCUUCCACUGUCUUCCCUAAAUUCUGAUGCUCGGAGAGGGCAGGAACUACGACAUUUUAACUGUGGUGUCACCAGCAUUUUGGACUUUGCCUGACACAUAGGAAUCAUGAGAGGACAGAAGACAGCAAGAGAUGAAGAAAACGCCUAUGGUGCAGAAGCCGACGAGCCUGCCCUGCGGGAGCCCAGGCUGCGGCUCCUCCUGGCUGGGAGGUCAGGGACUGGGAAGAGCGCCACGGGGAACAGCAUCCUGGGCCAGAAGCGCUUCCUCUCCAGGCUCGGGGCGACGUCGGUGACCCGGACCUGCGCCGCGGGCAGCUGCAGGUGGGCCAAGUGGGUGGUGGAAAUCAUUGACACCCCGGACCUUUUCAGCUCCGAAGUCUCCCAGACAGACCCGGGCUGCGAGGAGAGAGGCCGCUGCUACCUGCUCUCGGCGCCGGGGCCCCACGCCCUGCUCCUGGUGACCCAGCUGGGCCGCUUCACGGCCCAGGACCAGCAGGCCUGGAGGGGGGUGAAGGCGCUGUUCGGGGACGGCAUCGUGACGCGCACCAUCGUGGUCUUCACCCGCGAGGAGGACCUGGCCGGGGGCUCGCUGCAGCAUUACGUGCGCGACACCGGGAACCGCGCGCUCAGGGAGCUGGUGGCCGAGUGCGGGGACCGAUUCUGCGCCUUCGACAACCGAGCCGCCGGCGGGAAGCGGGAGGCGCAGGUGAUGGCGCUGAUGGGGCUGGUGCAGGAGCUGGUGAGGGACCACGGCGGUGCCGCCUACACCAACGACGUGUACAGCCUGGCGCAGGCCCUGGGCGGCGCGGACCCCGCGGAGAGGCUGCGCAGGGUGGCGGAGCGAGUGGCCGUCUGCGCGCAGAGGCGGCGGGAGCGCUGGCUGCUGGCCUGGCUGUGGCGGUGGCCCAAGGCGCCGGGGACCUGGUGUAAGCUGGGCGUGUGCACCCUGCUGGGCGCCCUGGUCCUGCUAUACAUGCAGAUCUCCAGUCACCAGCCUGACGCCUUUGGUGAGAUCAGUCCUGACAGACUGUAAAUAACACUUUGACCCAUCCACUGAUAAUUACCUUCAUCCUUGGUGCUCUGCACCUUCAGUGCCCACAUCUCUCCUUUCCUCCCUCACCUCGCCUAUUCUACCAAUUUCAGAGUCCUGCCAGGUCCCAUCUCCCACCUGAAACCUUCCUAUGAGCUCCCCCUUUCCCAAAGCCAAACAACCACAGUUAGUUUUGCCUAUUUUCUACUGACCUCAGACUGCCUUUGACUCUCUCCUGUCAUUGAACUGUCUUCACCCCUGAAAGCAGAUGAGGAGCCUUUGCCCUCUCACCCCCUGGACUCCCGGCAGGACCAAGGUUAGAACCACCACAGAGCAGAGUCUGAGUACAUACUCAUUUGCUUGAAUUGAACUGAAUGAAAGAAAUAAAUGUACUGGACAAUCA